AGAGCAGAAAUCGAAACUUGGGCGGACGAUGGAGAAAAAAAGAGAGGAAGCAGGAGAGUAUCAUUCCAAAGAUUUCGAAUGGGAAUUUCUGAAGAAUAUCGUCGAGAAGGAUCCUUCUCUCUCCCACCAUCUCCAUCAGCAGCAUCAAUACUACCACCACUAUUCCCAAAAGCAUCCUCCUCCACCAGAUUCCCAGCCAUGGCAAGAUUUUCACUCCCGUCACUCCUCCGGCAAAUUCUUCAAGGAAAGAAGGUAUCUGUUGAAGGAGUUUCCUGAGUUGGUUUCUUGUGGAGAGAACUCAAAACUUUUGGAAGUCGGUUGUGGUAAUGGCAGCACCGUGCUUCCGAUUUUACGUGGAAACAAGAACAUUACUGUAUACGCUUGCGAUUGUAGCAGUGAGGCUCUUGUUAGGACUAAAGAGAACAUUGAUCGCGUUAUUGCUUCUGUUGAUAACUUCCAUUCUUUCUGCUGUGACUUUUCAACCUCUGAGUUUCCUGAUUGGGUGGCAUGUGAUAAUUGUCGAGACCGUUCAGGAGGGAGUGUGGGGAUGCAGGUGAACUAUAGAUGUUCAUUGAAUGAACACUGCAUCGGCGGGGUGGAUUUUGUCACUCUGAUUUUUACAUUGUCGGCAGUGCCUAAAGAAAGAAUGCCAAGAGCUAUCAAGGAAUGUUUUAAUGUGCUCAAACCUGGUGGUCUGCUCUUAUUCAGAGAUUACGGCUUAUAUGACAUGACUAUGCUGCGGUUUGAGCCUGAGAAAGUUAUAGGUUUCAGGGAAUAUGUGCGGUCAGAUGGAACCCUUUCCUAUUUCUUUUGUCUCGAUACUGUCAGGAAACUAUUUAUAGAUGCUGGGUUCAUUGAGGUGGAGCUUGAAAAUUGUUGUGUCAAAGCAGUAAAUCGGAGAAAGGGUAAAAGCAUGUACCGAGUUUGGGUUCAUGGGAAGUUCCAAAAGCCAUUUUAAACUUAAGUGGAAAGGCAAGUCCUGAUCUGGUUCAAUAUGGAACGACUAGAAAGAUUUUAAAUUCUACGGAAAUAUUUUACAACUUUAUCAAUUGGCUUAUGACAAGGAUAGAAAAUGCUGAGUGUAGUUAGAUAUAAUAAAGUUAUCCAGCUUGUAACUGUCAACUCCUAUAGAAUCUAAGACUAUGUAAGUUAAGGUGCUACUAAAAUUUUUUUGCAGGUAAUUUGGUACUUUAUAAUUGUGAAUUAGCAGUAAUGAAAAAUGUUUUCUGGUGCACCUUACAAGACAUUGAUUUUUGAUUUGGGAACUGCCUAAACCACCUGAACUAUCUAUGAAGAUUGCAGAGUUUAGUU